AGGAAGUUGUGGAGGAGUGCAGCCAGCCUGUGCCUUAGCGUGCUGCAGACACAAAUCUGCUAAAGAGAAAGAACACAUUCACAGCAUUGGAAAAGAUGCCAUUCCAUCAUGUCACGGCUGGCUUGUUGUACAAAGGAAACUACCUGAACCGGUCUCUUUCUGCUGGCAGUGACAGCGAACAGUUGGCCAACAUCUCUGUGGAGGAGCUGGAUGAAAUUCGUGAAGCUUUCCGAGUGCUGGAUCGUGAUGGCAAUGGGUUCAUCUCAAAACAGGAGCUGGGGAUGGCCAUGCGCUCUUUGGGCUAUAUGCCUAGUGAGGUGGAAUUGGCAAUUAUCAUGCAACGUCUUGACAUGGAUGGAGAUGGUCAAGUUGAUUUUGAUGAAUUCAUGACGAUCCUUGGACCAAAACUGGUGUCAUCAGAAGGGCGGGAUGGUUUUCUGGGAAACACGAUUGACAGCAUAUUCUGGCAGUUUGACAUGCAACGGAUAACACUGGAAGAGCUAAAACACAUCCUCUACCAGGCAUUUCAAGAUCACCUAACAAUGAAAGACAUUGAAAACAUUAUCAUCAACGAAGAGGAGAGCUUAAAUGAGAACUCUGGCAACUGCCAAACAGAAUUUGAAGUGCAUUCCCAGAAACAGAACAGACAGACGUGUGUACGGAAGAGCUUAAUAUGCGCUUUUGCUAUGGCCUUUAUUAUCAGCGUCAUGUUAAUUGCAGCCAAUCAGAUCCUCCGAAGUGGCAUGGAGUAGACAUAACACUGUGAAUCAAAACUAUCCAUGCAUGCGCAUGCCGCCAGGUGAUCUUUCUCCCUGAUCAACUUUAAAAUAUAUGGGCAAAAUUGAAAACCACAUAUGAGAGAAAGAGAGAGAGAGAGAGAGAUGGCAAAGAAGAAUGGAGCAGCAAAGGACCUAAGGCGUACAAGGUCUCGUAAAUCAACACUAUCCUCUUGGCAGGGACAUAUAAGGGCUGACUUAAUGCUUUAACACUUUUAAUGCAAUAAAAAAACCUGUAAGAGCCCUGAAUGAUUUCUUCAGCAUGGUGAAAGUAGAAGGGGGGAGUGAUUCUCUAUAUUUUACUCUCCUCCAGGAAAACUUGACAACACAAACAGAGUGUGGUUGUCUUAUGGUCCAGGAAACUGACAAGAAUCUAUUUCUCAAUGGCCUGACUUUCCCAGGAAAUCAAUAUCUACGUUGCCACAGCAAGUUAAAAACACCAUGGGUUCAACUUCACUUACCUUCACCGUUGGCAAGAGGUUUUUAAUUUGCCUUUCUGGCAUAGAGGGGAAAUAUUUGAUGAGGGGACAUCUGCGCAAGAUGAUGAAUUUAUUCGGGUGAAAGGGUUUCCCCCCUUCAUUUGUUAAAUACAAGGCUGUGCCUGGUUUUUUUUAUUAUCAUCCAUCCGUGAUCUACCUUUCCAUCAGAGGGUAACGCUGGGUUUGUUGAGAGGCGAGUGCAAAGUCUUCCUAUACUUUUUGAACUAGUGCUGUAUUGGGACAGCUGACUCUUCAAUCAAUCAAUCAAUCCUCAACCUGGCUUCAUUGUUACUUACCAAUUUCAUUCAAAUGUAUAAUAUACAAAUGUUU